AUGUUGCUGCUUCAGUGCAGAGACACAGCCUCUCUUCCGAAGCCAUGUAACCUGGUACCAAAUAUAAAAAUGAAGAUUCUCCUUGUGUUUCUGGGUUUGCUUGGUAGCUCUGCUGCCAUGCCAAUGCCGAUGCCCCGAAUGCCUGGAUUUAGCAGUAAAAGUGAAGAGAUGAUGCGAUACAGUCAAUUCAACUUCAUGAAUGCCCCACCUAUGAUGCACAUGGGUCCAUAUGGAAACGGCUUACAGAUGCCUCCGCACAUGCCUCCGCCCUACCCUCCAUACCACAUGCCCAUGUGGCCACCGCCGGCACCCAAUGGAUGGCAGCAACCCCCAAUGCCCAAUUUCCCCAGCAAGACGGAUCAAACCCAGGAGACCGCCAAACCCAACCAGACCAAUCCACAAGAGCCACAGCCACAAAAGCAGCCUGUAAAGGAACCACCAAAUGAAGCAGCCCGGGCCAAAGAGGAAGCUCAGCCACCUCAGCCAUUCCCACCAUUUGGCAAUGGGCUUUACCCCUAUCCACAACCCCCAUGGCCAGAUCCACAGAGGGGACCACCACCAGCAUUUGGACGUCCAAAGUUCAGCAAUGAAGAAGGAAACCCUUACUAUGCAUAUUUUGGAUAUCAUGGUUUUGGGGGUCGUCCUUAUUAUUCAGAAGAGAUGUUUGAAGAUUAUGAAAAGCCCAAAGAAAAAGAUCCUCCUAAACCAGAGGACCCACCCCCAGACGACCCACCCCCUGAGGCCUCCACUAACUCAACUUUGGUUGAGGCUAACGCCACUCAAUCAGUUCCCGGAGGGAGUCAAGGCGGAAAUGACACUAGCCCAGUAGGAAACAGGGGCCCUGGGCCGAAUGCUGGAAACAGCCCUACAGUUCAAAAUGGUGUCUUCCCUCUUCCUAAAGUUAAUGUUUCGGGACAGGGAGUAACGAGAAACCAAAUUCCAUGGAGACCAAGUCAGCCAAAUAUUUAUGAGAAUUAUCCUUAUCCGAAUACACGAAAUUAUCCUGCAGGACGACAAUGGCAAACCACUGGUACCCAGGGGCCCAGACAGAAUAAACCUACUCACAGAAAUCCACAAGUCCAAAGGGGUCCCCAGUGGAAUUCCUUUGCUUGGGAAGGCAAAGAAGCUACUCAUCCAGGAAAUCCAACUUAUCGCAAACCUUCCCCUCCUACUUCAAGAGUUAACUAUCCCAACUAUGCAAGAAAUCCAGUAAAUUUUGGAAGAAAAUUACCGGAGCCAAAAAAUCCAAAUAAACCAUUUGUGGGACCCAAUGUGGCCUCAGUGGGUCUUAAACAGGUUACUGUUAGCCACAAUGUGAAAACCCAAAACCCAAAGGAAAAGUCACUAGGUCAGAAAGAAAGAACAGUCAAUCCUACAAAAGAUACAGCCAGCCACUGGAGAGGCUCUCAACAAUAUGGAAUUAACAAGCCAAAUUAUAAUUUGCCUCACCCUGAGGGUAGCAUGGUAGGCCCAAAUUUUAAUUUGUUUGAUCAGCAAGAAAACUCCUACUUUCCAAAAGGAGAUUCCAGAAGAACACCAAGUCCCAAUAUAAAAACCCAAAGCCAGAAUUUGCCCAAAGGAAUUGCUUUGGAGCCAAAAAGAACCCCAUUUGAAUCAGAAACUAAGAAGCCUGAAUUAAAGCAUAGCACACAUCAGCCUGCAUACCCGAAGAAAAUCCCAACUCCUGCAAGAAAACAUUUUCCUGCUGAAAGAAAUACCUGGAAUCGCCAAGUAAUCCCUCCACCAUUAAAGAAAAAUCAUAGGAGGCAACAAAAAAAUUUACCUCAUCCUUCCUAUGGCUCCAGAGGAAACAUUUUUUACCAUGAAUAUAACAAUCCUUAUCCUAAUGAAAACUCACCAUACAUUAGACGAAAUGCAUGGGAUAAGAGGGUUGGCUCUCCCCAUACUGUGGGGCAACCAGAACAUCCACAGUACCCCAUGAACUCUCUAGACCAGAAGGAGACAGAGCAGUACAAUGAAGAGGACCCAAUUGAUCCAAAUGAAGAUGAAUCUUUUCCAGGACAAAGUAGAUGGGGUGAUGAUGAGCUGAACUUCAAAGGAAAUCCAACAGUUCGGCAGUAUGAAGGUGAGCAAUACACCUCAACCCUGCCAAAGGAGUAUCUUCCCUAUUCCUUGAGUAAUCCACCAAAACCCAGGGAAGAUUUUCCUUACAGUGAAUUCUAUCCCUGGAACACACAUGAAACUUUUCCAAUAUAUAAUCCAGGUCCUACUAUAGCCCCGCCUGUGGAUCCCGGGAGUUUUUAUGUUAAUAAUGCCAUAGGACAAGAAGAAAGCACUCUCUUUCCUUCCUGGAACUCCUGGGACCACAAGAAUCAAGCACAGAGGCAGAAGGAAAGUGAACCAUAUCUCAACAGAAAUGUCUGGGAUCAGUCAAUAAAUUUACACAACUCUAAUAUACCAAAUCAUCCUUAUUCCACUAAUUCCCCUGCCGGAUUUCCAAAAGACCCAACAUGGCUUGAAGGUGAGAAUUUGUACUAUGAUUUGCAAACUACUGGCUUAAGUCCACCAGAGAGAGAACAGUUGGCUUUCCCAGACCUCAUUCCUCAAAGUUACCCAUCAGGCCAAAACGAUGCACACUUAUUUCACCAAAAUCAGAGAGGUUCCUGCUGUAUUGGUGGCUCCACGGGACAUAAAGACAAUGUGCUGGCCCUACAAGACUACGUGUCGUCCUAUGGUCUUACACCAAGGGAGAACCAGGAAACCAGCCCUGUGUAUACAGAAAACAGCUAUACCAAGUAUGCAAGACCUAACAUCUCCCCAACAAGCAUCCUACCGAGUCAAAGAAACAUCUCAGAGAACAAACUAACUGCGGAAAGCCCAGACCCAAGUCCUUUUGGAGAUGGUUUGCCUAGUCUGAAGGAAAACACACCACAUUCUGGAAAGAACCAACCGGAGACAGGACUUGUGGCCUUUCCUGAAGCCAGCUCUUCUCAGCCAAAAAAUGUACCCUGCCUUAAAAGUGACCUUGGAGGAGAUCGGAGGGAUAUUCUGAAACAAUUUUUUGAAGGCAGCCAGCUCAGUGAAAGAACUGCUGACCUUACUCCUGAACAGCUCGUUAUUGGGAUCCCUGAUAAAGGCUCUGGCCCAGGCAGCACAAAAAGUGAAGUCCAAGGAAAUGAGGGUGAGAGGCAGCAGCAAAGACCACCUACCAUCCUGAAAGUACCAUGCUUUAACUCCAAAUUAGCAAAAUUUCACUCUUCUAGCACUGGACCGCCAACUAACACUGGAAGACAAAGCCUACUUAAUGGUGCUCUCCCUAUACCUACUGAAAAUCCGAACAAAUUGGUUGGGUUAGCUACUAGGGAACAAAUUAAAAGUAUAAAUGUUGACCAACUUAAUGCAGAUGAACACAUUACCUUUGAAUCUUUUCAAGAAACCAGUCCACAGGACCAAAUACAAGGCUGCUUACUGCUUCAGGCUUAG